UCCAGUGUGCCUGGCAGCAGACAUAGUGGGGAAUCAGCACAAUCUGGGAUCUAUCUGGGAAAAAGGGUAGUCGGUGAGCAAACCGGCUCCAAUCCCCGGCAGAAAAACCCGACCAAAACCCUGCGGAAACUUCUACUGCGUUUCCCCGCGGCUGGCUGCGCCUUUUCCUCACAGGAAUCUCCUUGGGAUCUGGAUCCGCUUAGGUGACUGAAUCAGUGCUCCUGGAGCUGUACUGAGCCUUUUGCAGACCAAAGAUGGAUCAGCUUUCAGACGAGGAGGUGGAGGUGAGGGGGGAGGAGGAUGAGGAAGAGGAGGACAGCGAUAAGGAGGACCAGGACCUGGAUAAAAUGUUUGGAGCCUGGCUGGGAGAACUGGACAAACUCACACAAAGCUUGGAUGACGGUCGUCCAGAAUGCCCCCCGCAGCAGAAAGCCCCUCUCAGGCAGGAGACCAACAUGGCAAACUUCUCCUAUAGAUUCUCCAUCUACAACAUUAACGAGGCCCUGAAUCAGGGAGAGAACGUUGACCUGAACGCCCUCAUGGCUGACCUGUCCUCCAUUGAGCAGGAGCUCAGCACCAUCAACACCAAGUCCAGCAGUGGCAGCAUGACCCGGCAGGGACUUACAGACACCAAGGUACGACAGAAGCCUCCUGCUGGGCGCAGCAGCAGACAGCAGUCAGUAGGGGGCAGCGGUGGCGGCAUUGGGAACAGCGUGUCGGGUGGGGGGGGCAGCAGCGGGGCGAGCAGCAGCAGCAGCAGCACCAGGGCGUCUCCAGCCGGCACCAUUAGAUCGCCGAGCGGGCACCAGGGCCGACCGCCGCUGGCCUCCAACUUCAGCCUGGAUGACAUCACGGCUCAGCUAGAGAAGGCGUCUCUCAGCAUGGAUGAAGCUGCACGGCAGACCUCCUCCCACUCUCUUAGCUCCGCCUCUUCCUACACGUCAGCCUCAGUGCGACGGCCAGGGUCUUCUCAGCGCCAGCACCGACGGACCGGGUCAGUGGGAACGGUCAGCGAGCACGAGGUGCGCUCGUUCGUCCACUCGUCUCGCUCCUCCAUCACCUCGGCAUCCGGCAUUUCAGUCAACUCUGCGUCCUCCAUGGAUUCGCUGGACAGUGUCCUCCGCUCCGAAUCCGAUGGCCUGCAGCCUUCAGAGGGAUCGGGUCAGGCGCAUCCCAGCACAGAGCACUCCUAUCUGGACAGGGAAACCUCUCUGAUUCUGAGAAACAUUGCAGGAAAGCCCCCCCACCUUCUGACCAAGGAGGAGCAAGCUGCCAAGCUAAAGGCGGAGAAUAUCCGGGUGGCUUUGGAGAAGAUCAAGGAGGCACAGGUGAAGAAGCUGGUGAUCCGUGUUCAUCUGUCAGAUGAGAGCUCAAAGACCAUGAUGGUGGACGAGAGACAGACAGUCCGACAGGUUCUGGACAGUCUGCUGGAUAAAUCUCACUGUGGUUACAGUCCAGACUGGUCCCUGGUGGAAACCAUCACAGAGCUGCAGAUGGAACGGAUCUUCGAGGAUCACGAGAACCUGGUGGAGAACCUGCUGAACUGGACCAGAGACAGCCAGAACCGCCUCAUGUUUACAGAGCGCAUCGAGAAGUACGCCCUGUUCAAAAACCCACAGAACUACUUACUGGGGCGGAAGGAGACGUGCGAGAUGGCGGAGAGAAACAAAGAAGCUCUGCUAGAGGAGUGUUUCGGAGGCAGCUCGGUGUCUGUCCCUGAGAUGGAGGGAGUGCUGUGGCUCAAAGAGGACGGCAAAAAGUCAUGGAAGAAACGUUACUUCCUGCUGAGAGCGUCUGGAAUCUACUACGUCCCAAAGGGCAAGGCCAAGACGUCCAGGGACCUGUUGUGUUUCCUCCAGCUGGAUCACGUCAAUGUUUACCUGGGCCAUGACUACAAGAGCAAGUACAAGGCUCCCACUGACUUCUGCAUGGUGCUGAAGCACCCCCAGAUCCAGAAGAAGUCUCAGUAUAUAAAGUACCUGUGCUGUGAUGACAUCAGAACUCUCCAACAAUGGAUCAACAGUAUUCGCAUUGCAAAGUACGGGAAGCAGCUGUACAUCAACUUCCAGGAGUCCAUGAGGAGGACAGAGGCCACCUACGAUUGGUCUUCCCUCUCUUCUUCUUCCAUCAAGUCCGGCUCCAGCUCAUCCAGCCUCCCAGAGUCGCAGUCCAACCACUCCAGUCAGUCAGACAGUGGUGUGUCAGAGCUGACGUCAUCUGGACACACCCGCUCCCAAAGUGUGGUCAGCUCCAUCUUCUCUGACGCCUGGAGGAGAGGAACGCAAGGAGAGAUGAUGAAGAUGGACCCCAUCAGUAGGCCCAUCCCGGUCCAGAUCCCCAGCCUUUCCCCCCAGCCUCAGACUCCGCCUUCCCGGAGCAGCUACACUGAUGGGCUCGUCCCAUCUGAGGACUCCUCCUCUUCUCCGUCCCCACCCUCACCCCCUCCCCCCCCUUCACCCACUGUGGCCAGUGUGGGCCACCAAGGGGCACCUUCUUCCUCCUACGUGAAGUACAGCACUCUGGCUCGCCUGCAGAGCCAAAACCAGGCUAGAACGCAGCAGGGGACUGGCACUGGUACCACUCCCCUUCCCUUGCAGAACUACAACACCCUCCCAGCUUCUUACGGCACCUCCCCACCGUCGCCCCCUCCUCCUCCCCCACCUGUGGUGCCUGCCCCUGGCUCAGCCAUGGCCGCCCUAAAGUUCAGUCUGCCAAGCCCCAACUGUCUCCCGCCGCCGCCUCUGCCAGAGGAGGCACUGGAGCCACACAGCCUCCCUCCCCCUCCUCCAGAGAGCCUGGAUGCCAAUGGUCUGCCCCCUCCUCCCCCUCCAGAGCCUCUCCCCAACCCCUGCCCCCAGCUCUCCAAUGCAGGCCUGCAGCAGUUCUUGUCACAGAAGUUCCCCAACAUGGUGUAUGACUUCACCCCCGCAGCACUGCAGGACGGUACCCCCCCUCCCCCUCCACCUCUCACAGAACUGUCCCCCCCAGCAUCACUACAAGUCCUCCGGCCUCUGUCUCCCAAUGCCCCCCCACCUGCUCCUCCCAAAACCUUCUCUGGUGGAUUCCCUCCUCUGACCGCCCCAAAACCAUCUGGCCCUUCCUCCCUCCCCAUCGCCCUCUCCCCGGUGUCCCCCACCCAGCCAUUUUCUGGACACGGCCCUGUCAGGAAGCAGCAGAGCUUCUCGACGGGACACUCCCCGAAUCAGCCCCCUCCCACACUGCCCAAGCAGCACAGUCUAUCCUCCAAGAACCUGGCUAUCUCUCCCUCCGCCUCCUCCUCAUCCGUCUCCAUCGCCGCGGCUACCUCCUCUUUGGUCAAACAGAUCGUCAAUCAGUUCCCAGGAAACACUUCCCCCCUACCCUCCUCCAGCUCCGCUCCCCAGUCCCCUCCUGCAGUCAAGGCCAAACCAAAGUGGCAAAUUGGGGGCACCGUAGUACCACAGUCACCUGAGUUCCCCCCACCUCCCCCUGACAGCUCCUUAGGAGACUUUCCUCCUCCGCCCUCUUCCUCAUCCAAGUCGGGCUCCCCCAUCAAGAAGUCUCCCUCGACCUCCUCCACGGGGUCUGCCAAGCGUGGGCCUCCCCCGACCCCACAAAGGGCCUCCUCCAUGAAAGACCCUCAGGACGAGCGGCCCAAGAAGGUGGAGAGUCUUUUGAGUAAAUUUGGUCAGGCCCCCCAGACAGGAACAUCGUCGUGUUCUUCCUCAGCAACGGGAUCGCCUUCCAAAGACUCCGCCUCCCUUCCGGCACCGCUCCCCAAGCCAGGGAAGCUGAACCUGGCCAACCUGCCUCUGGUCAUGCAAGGCCUGCAGAGCGGCCAGCAGCAUCAGUCUGAGUUCCCCUCGCCUCCUCCUCCACCUCCUCCUUCCCAGCAUCCUCACCUGGACUCAUCAGCCGACUUUUUCCCUCCCCCGCCGACUGAAUCGGAGCUCUUCCCUCCCCCGCCUCACCCCUCUGAGUUCCAUCACCCUCCCAAGGUUGCCGUUGUGAACCCCCAGCCUCAGAUGCAGCCUCCUCCACAGUCGGCAACAUCCUCUUUCUCCUCGUCGUCAUGGAAGCAAGGCUCACUGAAAAAGGGGGCGGUGCCUCCUCCGGCGAUGAACCGGCGCAGUAGCAAUACGGCUCAGUACGACAACACCAUCUCACUGCCUCUCUCGCCUCCCCCUCUGUCCCAAACCCCACCUCCCUCCCUGUUGUCCUACUCCUCCUCCUCCUCCCCUAUACCCCCUUCUUCCCCAAAGUCAGCAGGGCCCGCCUCCCUGGCCUUCAAGCCUCACUUCCUGGAGGACCUGAACCGCACGCUGAAGAGGAAGUCAGUCUCGCGCCAUGGUUCGCUCACCUCCUCCCACCUGAUCCCCUCCUCCAAGAUGGAGCCCGUGGGCACAAUGGACGAUAUGGCACUCCUGCCGCCUCCCCCCCCAGAACUCCUGCCACAACAGCAUCAGCAGGGUGUCCGGGGACACUCUCACACCUUGUCGCGGCACCACGGGCGCUCCCAAUCGGCCAAACAUGGCAACAUCUCAGGCUAUGCAACGCUGCGGCGAGGCCCGCCUCCCGCCCCUCCCAAACGGGACCAAAGCACCAAACUGACCAGUGAGUGGUAGGAGGCAGUGACUUUGACUGAAGCUCAUUCACCAAUCAGGUCCAAGGCGAGGAAACACACCUCUUCUCGGUCUCCUUUGGAUUCCAAGCAAGUGGCGAAGCUACUCCUAAUCUCAGAUUAAUUCUCAUUAUUCCCAUUGUUACAUGUUUAAUCUAAAAUGAGUAACAAUUUAAAUAUAUAAAUAUGUAUAUGUAUAUAGUUAGCAAGACAGAAAAUUAACCCUCCAGCUUUUCUCACAUCUCUGCAGCUUUGCAUUAUAGGAAAGACUUGAAGUGACGUUUGGCUGCAAUGUACCAGGUACUGCAUGAACCAAGGAGUUAGGGGAAGGAACCACAGAGGAGAAUGGUCAAUGAUGAUGAUGUGUAUAGAAGUGUAUAUUGUGAGUUGAAGGGGGAGGUGUGUGUGUAGGGGAGGGGCAAUCCCAUUGGGAAAAUUGCCAUUUCUUCCACCCUGUUGUUUUUUUUUUUUUCUUUGGCGUGUUUUUUAUAUCAAAUUAUUUAAUACUGGAAAAAUAUUGUAAUAAUUAUUUUGAAUUUUAAGAAGUGGAAGAGGAGAAUGAGUUUGAUUGGACAUGUGACUGUUUUCUAAGAGCACCUGCUUUACCAGGCGCCCACUUUCAUUUGAUCAAAUUGCGUUUCGGCUGAUCUGCUGGUUGGUGAAACUGAGCCCUGACAGUUCCUUCCUCCCAAACCUGGAUCUGUUUCCCACCAUCAGAGAGUUUUUGUUUGUUCACACCCUUUGAACUUUUUCACAAUUUUGUCAUGUAAUUACAAUGGAGUAUAAGGCCAUACUAAUAAAAAAUAAAACAAUUAAAUUACAAGAAUAAAGUUAUAAUAUGUGUUUAUUCACUUAAUACUGUGACUUUAUUUGAGUAUUCUCGUAAAUCUUGUGAUUUUAUGACUUUAUUCUGGUAAUUUUAUUUUUUUAUUAUUUUCUUGGCAUUGCCUCAAUACUCCAUCCUAUAUAACACACUGCAGCAUGUUCAUUAGGAUUUGUUGUGGCAGACCAAAACUCAGUGGUGCAUAAAUUUAAAAUGGAAGGAAAACAUGGUUUUCAGUUUUGUUUCUGAAUAAACCGGGUCAGUACGUUGUAGAAUUACAUUUAGAUUAAUUCAGUAAUUCUGUAUUUUUUCUCUCACUUGCUUCCCUGAUCCGACUUGAGAAAAACAGCCCCUCAGCAUGAUGUUGCCUGCACCAGGUUUCAUUAUGUCUUCAGGAUCAUGUGCAGGACUGACUUAUCCUUCUACUUCUCAUUUAUGCAUUCACUUGUGUUAAAUCCAAUGUGACCAUCUCAAGUGCAUUUUUGUAAUGUUUACAAUAUGGAGCAGUUCAAGGGGCGUGAAAACUUUUUCAAGGUGCUGUUGAUGUCAACCACAUCCUGGUGUCAAGAAGAUUCCAGGGGACAGGCUGGGAUUGGUCCGAAUGUUGAAAUGUACAGAACAAACACUUUUUUUUAAACAUCAGUUAUAAUAUCAGCCGGUAAGGUCAGCCACGUUACCCUCUGCGUCAUUUGGUAGUGUUACACCAGUUUUUAUGUCUUCCCUUGCCGCUAUGUGGGGCAGAACCUGUUCCAAGCUGGGAAGCUCGAUUCACCCCAGACAGGCUGCAGUAGCCCAAACCAACAGCUAGAGGCAGAUUACAACGAGUGGCAGAGCAAGCAGGCAUUCAACAUCUGCCAGAAAGGUGUACUGGUGCCAGCACCUCUACCACCGCAGUCUAACUCUGGCUGAGUUCCACCACCAGCACCACCUGGUGGCAGCUUUCUGCUUCAGAGAUCCAUCAUUAAUUAGUUUUAGUGUGUAGCAGCUCUAGAAAUGCACUGGGAACAAGUGCCUGGAAACAAACAGCUCCCUCUGCUGGCAGGAGUGUGGAAUCAUCACAUAUCAGCUGAAGAUAACGCCCCUCUGGAUGCUGAGGACAUGCCCCUUUGGAAGCCUGAACCAGCUGAACCUCACCUUUAAGACUGUGACCUUUAGAGAGAGAAGGUCUGCGUUAGACUGCAGGGUCACAUGAAUCUCGAGCGUGGCUCAAAGACAACUUUCUUGUUUUUGGAAAAACAACCUGAACCGUUUCCAGGGAAAAUGCUCUCUUUGCGUUACUCCGUCUUCAGGACAGGAAGUUGACAAAAAACACGUCUGAAGGGAUUAUCUGACCCUGAAAACAGGCCUGGAGGUGACAGUAAAAUGCUGACUGGAGGUAUAACUGGAGCCACUGUAUUGUGGCCUGGAAAAUAUAUAAAAUAUGUAUUUUUUAUAUGUUAUCCUUUGAGAAAGAGCCCUCAUUGUUCAAUGAGCUGAGAAAAUGGCACAGUAAUUUAAAAUCCCCCAGAAAACAAGGUUAAAACUGCUGAAAAAAACAGACUUUUUUAAGGGGAAUACUUUCUUAAUUUGACAAGCUGUUUAAAACACCAUAAUCCAUUAGAAUUAAACUCUUUUAGACCAAAACCCAGAAGGACUUCUGACAUCUUUAGUAAUUUACACAAAAGGUGAAUCUUAUUUAUUGGAUAUAGUGCAGAAAUAGCUCCAUCUGAACACUUUGAACCGAGGUGCCUUGUUUUAAAGGAGACAUUUGGAUCAGAGCCGGAGCAGAACCUCCAGGUCUGAUCCAGGUAAGGGAUCCUCAGUGACACUGUGACCCCAUACUGAUCCUCAUCCCUCUGUUCUGUAGGUUUAAUCACACCUUCCCUUUGCUUGGUAAAAAAAAAAAAAAAAAAAACCUGGUGCCAGAAAUCCCA